GCAAGUGCAAGACCACACAUUCCACUCUGCCUUGUAGAUUAACCAGUCUGUCAAAUGAGAGCAAAGCAUCAGUGGGUAGAUAAGGUCUGUAAAGUGGACAGCCACACAGUAAAGAGCUUCACAGACUAAACCUAGAAACGUUUAUACAGUCUUUAAGGAAAACUGUGGAAUACAACUGUGCCUGAACUCUCCAGAGAUGUAUGAAGGAGAAAGCCCCUGUACUCUCCUCACUUUGUGCACUGAUGCAGACUGGGAGCAGUCGUGUUCUAAUCAGCUGAAGCUCUCCACACCUCUGUGAGCGAAACUUCUGCAGCUGACGACACAGCUUCUUUCCUACCCUGUAUAACUGAAUGGCCCCGUUACUGAAGCAGUUAGCAGUCUUGCUGUCCUACUCCUAUAAAGCCGGCACUCAAAGGACUGAGGAACUCUGGGGAAAAGUGCUGAGUCAUAUCUUUCCUCAUGUUCUUGUGGAAAGAGCAAUAUAUUCCUGAGCAGUGAGUAAUGGCAAGUGAUAAGAAUCAUUGAGUAAAAGAAGACAAGGUGCUCGGAAACAUGGUGCCAGUAUCCUGCCAUAAGCACUAUUUCCUUUUGGUCGGCUUUCUUGGUUUCGGCUUUCUUGGUUUCUGUCUUAACAGUUCUGUGAGAGGUCAGAAGAACAACACCCUGAUUUUCACCAAGGAAAACACAAUUCGCAACUGCAGCUGUUCUGCUGAGAUCCAUGACUGUGACUACAGCUUGGCAAACCUCAUGUGCAGUUGCAAAACCAUCUUGCCUUAUACAAUACAUAGAGCCAGCUACCACAGUGACCUAAUAGUUUGGUUCACAGAUACGUCUCUGCUUGGAAUGCUGUUGAACUUCACAGUGGUGCACUACCUGAAGCUUUCACUCUGUGGCACCACUCCUCUACCAACAGAAUAUCUGGCCAUUUUGGGAUUGCGAAAACUCCGAAUAAACAGUGAAAUUAAGGGCCAAUUUCUAGAACAAAAUUUAACAAUCUACAAUAGCGGUGACAAUGAAAUGAGAGACAAACUGAAAAUGAUACAGAAAGACAGGCAAAUGUUUUUGUAUAUUUCUGUCUUGGAUACAUCUCUUUUCAACAGGUAUUCUUUACUGAAGUCCUAUAGUGUGGAAAAUGUCUCCAGCUUUACAGACCGCUUUCCAAGUCUGCCAUAUUCUGAUAUGUUUUCAGCUACUACUAACAAAAGCUAUGUUGUAACAUUUAUUUACUGAGACAUGCUCAACAACUUCAACAGCAAAGUAAGGGAGCAUGUUAACCUGUCAAUAGAACGAGAUAUGGAACUUAUGCAAAUCUGUUUGGUUUUCCCAGAAAGAAAAGUAAGUGUGGAUCAGUGCAUAUUACACUCAAAAUGACACUACUCACAAAACAUGGAGUUCAAAAUAGUUUGAACAGAGAAGUGAUUCUAUAACCUUUUUUUUUUUUUAAGAGAACAGAGCAUCUGAAAAAAUCCAUUUUAAAAACGAGGUAACUAAGUUUUCAAAAUAUCUUAAUUAUUGUAUGAUAAAGAUUGACAUAUGUUGAUUAAUUUUGUUAUGAAAUGAGCCUUAUUGGGUAUAUGAAAACAUGACAGUGUAACUUUGGGUACGGAACUACCUGAUAAUAAAAAUCCAUCUGUAAUGUGUUUUUACACAGUCUUCUAGAUGUAGUAAAUAUGUGGAAAAUGUAUAAUAUGAAUAAUAGUGAGCUUGUCUAACUAUAUGUACUGGAUCUCUUACCUUUUUGAAGAAAAAUACAUCAUAGACCUUCUUCAACUGUAGUUUGAAAGCUCCCACCAUACAGGUAUUUUUGGCCUUGGAAAACCAUUAGGAUAGCGUGUGAUGAGUAAGGGCUCCAUGAUUAUCAUGGAGGGCGGGGGACCACCUAAGCAGCAGUUGGUGCAGCUGCCCCAGGCACUGACUGCGCAGCAGUCCUACAGGUGGCUGGAGUAGUGACAUGGCUGCAGCCCCAAGACCGGAUAGAACAGAUGUUACUUGGCAGCCCCCGGCAACUAGUGCCCAUUCAACAGAGCCUCCUUUCCAGAGUAGCAGCCCACCAGGGCCCCCUAGAGCAGCCCUCAGGGGAGUUCAAAAUAGCAGCAAUUCCCCCCAAGCUUCUCUCAGAGCAGCAGCUUUCCCAGGGCCCUCAGCUAAGAUUUAGUUAGGGAUGUUUAUAGCAUAAGUCAUGGACAGAUGGCAGGGCUGUGAAUUUUUGUUUCUUGCUUGUGAGUUAUUAGAAAUACCAUAAAUAAAUCGUAUCCGUGGCUGUGUCUAGACUGCAUGGUUUUUU